AUGGUGCAGGCAGGGCGGCGGGGAGGGGGCCGAGAAAAGCACGGCGGGGACGACCGACGCGCCGCUCCGGCUACAGACCGCCGGGCCCCCUGGGCAGCUCCAUGGGCAGGUGCCGCUUCCUCGGCCGCUCAGCCUCGCAGGAAGGCUCCGGGAGAGGACCCCAUCGGAGGCGCCAGGAACGGGCUGACUCCCGCGCUGCGCUCGCUCGCUCGCUCGAGAAGCUGCCGCCUCCGCCCGCCGCCUCCCUCUAGCCCAGCAGCAUCUCUGGCAGCAGCAGAUGCACACUCCGGAAGCCCGCGCGGGAGGGGGGCGGACCCCUUAGAAAAGUUGCCCCCCGCCCUACUCCUCCACACUGGAGUCCAGAGCUCGUCCCUCCGCUGCCAAACUCCGGCCGACGCUCCGCUGGGAGGAGAAGCGCGGCAGCAGCUGGUGGGCUCUGUCCGUAAGGGAGCCAGCCAGCCAGGCGGCCCUUCCCGCUCCCUCCGCCCUCGCCCUCCCGGCAGUCCAGGGGGAUUUCUGGAGCCCGCACGAAGUAGGGAAAGCAAAUGCCAAUUGGACGCUUCGCGACCGGGGCGAGGACCUUCCAAUCGCCCACUGGCGGCGGCUCCGGCUGGCGUGAAGAGAAGGAGGGACCCGGCGGCCGGGGUGGGUGGGUGGGAGCGCGCGCGCUCGCACCCAGGAGCCUGGCCUGGCCAAUGA